AUGCCGAAGAACAAAGGAAAGGGAGGCAAGAACCGUCGUCGUGGCAAGAACGACAUUGGUGACAAGCGCGAGCUCGUUCUCAAGGACGAAGGUCAAGAAUAUGCACAAGUACUCAAGAUGCUGGGCAACGGCCGCUUGGAGGCACAAUGUUUCGACGGCGAGAAGCGUCUCGCACACAUCCGCGGCAAGCUGCGCAAGAAGGUGUGGAUCAACCAGGGCGACAUCAUCCUCAUUUCCCUGCGUGACUUCCAGGACGGAAAGGCGGACGUAAUCCAGAAAUACAACGCCGACGAGGCACGUGCGUUGAAGCAGCAGGGCGAGCUGCCCGAGAGCGCAAAGAUCAACGAGACCGAUACCUUUGGCGAAGAGGAAGGCGGCGAGAUCGAGUUCCAGGAAGGUAGCGACGACGACGAGGACAGUGACGAUGAUGACGAUCUCGAUGAUCUCUAA